AUGGAAGUGCUGCAUCUUCAAAUUCCCAAUCUACACUACAGGCAAAAUGAAAAAGCAUUUAUCCCAGAUUCAUUUUCUCUUGGCCCUAUACACCAUGGCCAUCCAAACAUGAGAUCCACAGAAAAAUUCAAAGUCAUGUACUUGCAUGGUCUUAUCACUCGAAUAUCGUCUCCAGAUACAAGGAAGAAAAGGGUAAUAGAUUUAGUCAAUUCCAUCAAAGAUGUGGAGAGAGAGGCUCGUGAGUAUUAUGCCGAACCAAUUGAAUACACUCCGGAAGAAUUUGUGAAAAUUUUGGUACUUGAUGGUUGUUUUAUCAUUGAGCUAUUUCGCAAGAAGGCCUAUGAAGAGCUUAGAGAACAAGAUGACCCUAUUUUUUCCACGUCUUCUUUGCUUCAAUUUCUAUACCAUGACUUGAUAUUACUAGAAAACCAAGUACCUUGGAUUGUACUUGAGCGUUUGUUCAACGUGACCAUACAACAAACCUACAACGAUUCUUUACUUCUACUUGCCAUUAGAUUCUUUGGGAGCACUUUUUCACCCAUACCACCACCUACCACAAUUUUGCCUCUCCAAGGCAUCAAGCAUAUUGUUGACCUGCUUAGAAAAUGGUUGGUUUCAUCAUCUAAAGAGAAAGAGAGCAACUCAGAGUAUUGGGAAGUCAUGCCUUCUGCCACGGCCCUUGUAGAGGCCGGAAUUAAACUCGUGAAGGGUACAUCUGAAAGCAUCUUGGAUAUAGAAUUCAACGAUGGCAUUCUCAAAUUCCUCCAUUAUUUAGCCAAGAGACCACAGAAACUGUUUUUCGAAAUCUUAUCAGCUUUGAACAAUGCUACCCGAAUUGGAGUCCAGGUUGAGUUCCUACGCCGUACUCAUAGGCAACCUUAUUAA